GCUCAAUAUCAAUCGCCGAAAGAACAAAUCGUACAUAUCAAACGAAGUUUGGUUUUCGUUGGAGUACUGCGCACAAGAACCACAUCUCAAGGACGUAGGAAUCGAGUAAGUAUAGAAUUCCAUCAUGACUUGCAGUUCCUUAUUUGUCCCGGGCUACCCCUUCAUAUUCCACCUAAUUAAGCUGCUUUUUUCUUCGUGUGAAAAUAAUACACAGUUGUAAGUAUCUACUGCUUGCGAUUGCAUGACGACAGUAAUUAAAUUUCUUUCUCUGUCCUCGUGUGUGUGCCAAGUGUAAAAUAAGGUGUGAAAAAAUAAACGACUUAUACAGUUUUGUGAACAUCAUCGUUUUUUUUUUGGUUUGAGAACACGUAUAAAAUCAGAUUAAGAUUUCUUGUCACUAUGUGGUAUUCCGCCCGCUUCUGGCAGGACGUGACCGACACCGAAUGCCGAGCAAGAUGGAACGCCAAGCUCGCGCGGGAGGGCCGCGGCGCCAAGUGCAGGGAACCCUUGCAGCGAGCGAUGAUCGAGGAGACAGCAAGUGCAGAUUAUAACGCGCACUACGUCGUGCCGGCAAAGCCAAAAAGUAUUUGAAACCUUUGACUUGUAUUAGGUGGACCGAAUCUUAUAUACUGCCAAUUUCAACAUGCAUCCCAAAGUGCAGGAGCGAUGAAGAUGAAUCAAAUGCAACUCUUUGUGUAACUCAUCUAUCUCGAAUUCAUUCUUUCAAAUCGUUAGAAGAUUUUCUAACGACCUCUCGCAGGUAACGUCCACAACUGUGCUGGCACGCUACAGAACGGGUACGAUACACCAAGAUCCUUCCGGGACGCACCCGCAUCGGAGGCAGGCGAGUCAACGAGUUCAAGACAGCUGUUUGAGAUCACGGACGGGAGUCUAUUCUUCGCCCCGAGUUGCGGAUAUUUCCGGUAUAGUAUUUUUGUCCAUAUAGUACGUCAUCGAUUUUGGUCUUCGAACUUGUCAUAGUGCACAGGCUGCAUCAAGCAUUUUCUGUUUUCUACCACUUUUCAGGUUUCGGUGUUGAUGAAGUAAGUAUAAUAUAAGAAAAGAAAAAUGAACGGUGAAUUUGUAUAUGAAAAACAGCAUCGGGCAGAUGAACCCCAUGAACAAUAACUCGUCGCAAUUCGUAUCAAAUGCAAAAAUGUCUGGGUCUGGAAGAAUGCAUGUUUGUCAUGCUUGUCUGGCAUGACUCUUAAAUCUGUCAUGCACGUUACCCAAGAGCUCCAUUUUUCUGUGAUGCAGAAACGCAGUUUGUCAUGCAGAAUAGGCACCACCUAGAAGCUCAGAAACUUGUCAUGCUGAGCCAGCAAUUGUGGCCUCAUCAUGAGACGCCACCCAGCAUCACAAGUUUCCAGACCCAGACAUUUUUACAUUUGAGAAUUCGCCAUGUGCUGCAAAAACCCGUCCGCCCAGCUCUACGAAGGCUACGACUGGCGAUUCGGAUAUGGAAGUGUCAGGAUUGAAAUCGACAAAGUUGAAAUGAUUUGUCAUGCAUAAAAUGGAUGCCAGGCGGAACUCAGUUUCCAAGCGGCGCAUGACAAAUUUUGGCGGUGCCUAAACCCAGUUUGUCAUGCUGUUUGGGUAAGGAGGACGCCUUUUGUCAUGCUACUUUAGCAGCUCUAUUUUUACUCCUCAACAGGCUUACUAUCUGCCUCCCUUGCCUACUCUGCAAGACAGGCACUUUGUGGGUUGCAUUUCAUGCAUCACAAACUUUUUCAACUUUGACGAUUUCAAUCCUGACGCUUGCAUAUCGGAAAACGGGUGAAAAACCGGCCGGCGAGCGAAAUGUCAAGGUCCGUCUCCUAUCAAGUGUAAAAAUGUCUGGGUCUGGAAACUUGUAAUGCUGGGUGGCGUCUCAGGAUGAGGCCACAAAUGCUGGCUCAGCAUGACAAGUUUCUGAGCUUCUAGGUGUUGCCUAUGCCUGUUCUGCAUGACAAACUGCAUUUCUGCAUCACAGAAAUAUAGGGCUUUCGGGCAACGCUAACGUGCAUGACAGAUUAAAGAGUCAUGCCAGACAAGCAUGGCAAACAUGCAUUCUUCCAGACCCAGACACUUUUACAUUUGAUAUCUCCGAUGUGGACCUGUUACGCAGCGUGAGGCAAAUCAAAAAGGAGGCGCUCAGCGCGGAAACGGUGCGGUACCCGAAGAAGUGAUAGUUAGAAAAACUCCUGUGCGGUCGUUCAUAAUUGUAGUUUUUUUUCGUGUUGACCACAAAGAAACACAACAGGAAGCGACCGUGCGUGGUCGCAGCUUCUACCCUCCUGACUAGAAGAAGAAGUUUAUAACAAACACUAAUCCACUUUCAUCGCUUAUUUCAUCAACAGAAACUACAACCAAGCUACCCUGUAUGAUUUUAGAAGAAAACUGCUGCAAAGAUCAUGAUGCAAGAUGACAUCGAUCCGGAUUUCGAUUUUUCAAAUGUAGUCACAAUGAACGGGAACUUGAGGCGGUUUGAAUGGCAUAUCGCAAGACCAUUUCACGACGAUGCCUUCAACUACACUUUUGAGUUUAACAUUCUGACACGCAAGAAUCGCAAGAACAAUCACAAAAUUAUGCACUUUUGAACCCGUUUUUUCUACCAUGGAGCUGUACACUCAAGGUUGAGACCAAAAUCCGAGCUUCCGACGCACACGCCUCUUUACCAUAUACCUUGUACUUGGAACAAGAAUUAGA